UAUCCGGAUACCCGUAGAUAAUGCAUUACUAGUACAGUAUUCGCGAUGGACGGUGGAUUUCAAGGCGACGGACACUUCGUCGGCGACGGAGGUGCGACCUUGCAGGCCCUAUGGGAGGCUUGGACGUGGAAGAUGAUUCCGAAUUGUCCAGGAAGGUAUGUGACAAAGAAGAACAAAGUGCUGGCGGCGAUGCCGUUGGAAGACUUGGUGGGGCUAUUAAACAACAACGUCGACGGCACCAGUGGAGGAACGCAAGACAUUCGAGUGAUACACACGACCAGCGAUACGAUCGUGGAUGCCGUCCAUGUGGCUGUGUUUCCUGAUGGAGGUGGUGUCAUUACCUACUGCAAGCCCUCGGGUGCAUUUGUGCACACGCUGAACACGCAGUCUGGAUUAGAACGGAAAUUGGCGGGCUUGAGGUUGUCCUCGUGUUUACACGAUUGAAGUUGAUUGUGGCACAGUAUACCAGGCCCAACCUACGCAAUAUUGCAAUUUGCUAAUAUCAAAGAAAUGUUUUCAUGCAA